AUGGCGCCGCCCAAGCCCGACAACUUCGGCAUUGAGCCAACCCUACCAGCAGCAAAAGGACUAGCUAACCUAGGCGCGCUUGGUAGAGUCGAAGGUGAUAUGGCCAAUUUGCCUGUCUUCGGGGAGAUCCCCCAGCAGAUCGAUGGCACUUUUUAUCGUAUGAUGGUCGAUCCCUUCUACCCGCUGAUGGAAGGGAAUCCACCUGUCGAAGGUGACGGGAAAAUGUCUGUGUUCCGCAUCCACGACGGGAAGGUUGACCUUAAAGUGAGGUAUGUCGACACAGAACGGCUCCGACUUGAGCGGGCUGCCAAUAAACGUCUGUUUGGUCUAUACCGCAACCCAUACACCCACCAUCCCUGCGUUCGUGCAGCUGUGGACUCUACCGCAAAUACGAACCUCGUUCAUUGGAGCGGGCACAUCCUCGCUCUGAAAGAAGGUGGGUUGCCUUACGCCGUGGAUCCAGAUACAUUGGCGACUCGCGCAUAUGACCCUUUCAAGUCUCCCGGGAAGACAUUCUCUGCACAUCCAAAGGUCGACCCAUUUUCUGAGGAACUGGUUGUCUAUGGUUAUGAGGCCAAGGAACUAGGCUCGGAUGACGUCGUCACGUAUAGUAUCACAAGAGAUGGAACCGUCAAGGAUGUACAAUGGAACCAUGCGCCCUGGCCUGCCCCAAUCCAUGACUGUGCCAUCACCACGAAUUUCAUCAUCCUGUUCAUGUGGCCAUUUCAGUCAGACGUAAACGCCAUGAAGGGGGGUGGGCAGCACUGGAAAUGGACUAAUGAUCGAAAUGUGACGUUUCAGGUCAUACCGAGGCGCGCCGAUAAAGUACCCUCGGGCUGGGAAGUUGGGGAGUCACGUGUGUAUCAGUGGACCCGGAAUGCUUUCCUUGUACACUCGGCAGCUGCUUGGGAAGAUAAAUCAGGCAAGGUGUAUAUCGAGACUUCUCGGGUGUAUGGGAAUUUAUUCCCAGACUGGGCCAGCGAGGCUGACUUGCCUGCCGACCCAAACCCUGAAAGUGAUUUUGUCCGUUGGGAGCUUGAUUUAUCACAACCAACUAACAGCACUGUCCCCGAUCCUGAGGUCGUCGUUCCACUUACUUCAGAGUUUCCACGCAUUGAUGAACGCCUGAUGGGCAGGAAGUACAACAUCAUAUACCUCCCCGUGGCAGCCCCCGAUAUACCAGCAAAUGGGUUGCCUAUGAUCACGUCGCUUAACGCUUUGGCCAAGGUUGACAAGGCAGCAGGAACAACGGAAUUCUUCAAGCCUGGACAUCCAUGUGUGGUUGAAGAGCCAAUCUUCAUCCCACGCAGUAAGAGCAGCCCGGAAGGGGAUGGUUGGAUCUUGAGCAUGGUCCAACAUAUCGAGCAACGAAGCAGCGACCUGGUGAUUCUGGACAGUCGGAACUUCACCAAGCCCAUCGCCAUCAUCAAAAUGCCGUUGUAUCUCCGGGGGCAGAUUCACGGCAAUUGGGUAGAUGCUGUAGACGUGGGUGGAGCCUUUAAGCCACUUGUUCGAGUGCCAGAGCCAACAAAGGUUAGUGGCCGCGGAGCUUUAGAGCCACAGGUAUAUUGA